AUUACAGGACAGCCCGUGCUAUAUAUAGCUCUCUUUACUCAAACCCCCCUUUCUACACCCUCCGACCAACCUCCUCUCCGGAUUCACAAUCCAAUUUUUUCUCUCUUUUUCCCCCAAAAAACACAAAACAAAACAACACCCACCAACUCAUUCCUUUCAUUCCCUCUUUCUGCAAAUACCCUUCUCAAUCUCCAUCAUUCUUCCCUCUUUCCACGGAUAUUCAUCCCAAAUUUUGGCCUCUUCUUUCAAUGGAUCAUCAUCAGCUACCUAAUAGCUGCUGGGUUUGAAAGUGAUUCAGGAUCGGAUUUGUGUUUCAAUCUGUUUGGGAAUAGGAGAAAAGGAAAUUGUGUUUGGGGUUUGUGUUGUUUUUGUGGUGGUGAUGGAACAGAAGCACAUUUUUCUUUCUGCUUUGGGUGUUGGUGUUGGGGUGGGCCUUGGAUUAAGCUCUGGACAAGCUGUUGGCAAAUGGGUUGGAGUGAAUGCCUCUUCUGAGGUGAUUACAGGACAAAAGAUUGAACAGGAGCUCACCAGGCAGCUGAUUGAUGGCAGAAACAGCAAUGUCACCUGUGAUGAGUUUCCUUAUUAUCUAAGCGAGAGGACGCGGGUGCUUUUGAUGAGUGCUGCAUAUGUUCAUUUGAAGCACUGCGACAUCUCGAGGCACACCAGAAACCUUUCACCAGCGAGUCGAGCUAUUUUGCUUUCAGGACCAACAGAACUUUACCAGCAGAUGCUUGCCAAGGCUCUCGCACAUCACUUCGAGUCAAAGUUGCUGUUGUUAGACGUUUCCGACUUUUCCCUAAAGAUGCAGAGCAAAUAUGGCUGUCCCAAGAAAGAAUCUUCAUUUAAGAGGUCCCUUUCCGAGGUGACAUUGGAGCGAAUGUCGAGCAUUUGGGAUUCCUUCUCGAUUCUUCCGACAAGUGGGAAUACCUGUGGAAACCUAAGAAGGCAAAGCAGUACGACCGACAUUCCAUCGAGAUAUACCGAGGGCUCGUCCAAUCCUCCAAAACUUCGGAGAAACGCUUCUGCUGCGUCGGAUAUUAGUAGUAUCUCAUCAAACUAUGCUUCAACAAACCCAGCUUCUGUCAAGCGCACAAAUGGUUGGUGUUUUGAUGAGAAACUUUUUCUUCAGUCACUUUAUAAGGUCUUGAUGUCGGUAUCAGAAACGAGUUCCAUAAUUUUGUAUCUGAGAGAUGUUGAGAGACUUCUUCUUCAGUCACCAAGGAUGUACAAUCUGUUCCAUAGAUUUCUGAACAAGCUCUCGGGAUCUAUUCUAGUACUCGGUUCCCGAUUAGUCGAUGUCGAAAAUGAUUGCGGAGAUGUUGACAACAGAUUGACGAGUUUAUUCCGAUAUAGUGUUGAAAUUCGACCCCCUGAAGAUGAGAACCAUCUUGUCAGCUGGAAAGCUCAAUUGGCAGAAGACAUGAAGAUGAUUCAGUUUCAAGAUAAUAAAAACCACAUUGCUGAAGUACUUGCUGCAAAUGAUCUUGAAUGUGAUGAUCUUGGUUCAAUCUGUCAUGCAGACACCAUGGUUCUCAGUAAUUAUAUCGAAGAAAUCGUCGUGUCGGCGAUAUCGUAUCAUUUGAUGAACAACCGGGAUCCCGAAUACCGAAACGGAAAACUUUUGAUAUCUUCCAAGAGUUUAUCCCAUGGAUUGAGUAUAUUCCAGGAAGGAAAUAAUGAAGGAAAAGACACUCUAAAGCUAGAGACGAACUCAGAAUCAUCUAAGGUAGCCCAAAGGGACGAGGCGAUUGGGGCAAAGACGGAAUCGAAAUCUGAAAACCCAGCUGCAGAAAACAGAAAUGAGGCAGAUAAAUCUGUUCCUAUAGUGAAAAAAGAUGAUGAAAAUGUACCUCCACAAAAAGCACCUGAAAUUCCUCCCGACAACGAAUUCGAAAAGCGUAUAAGACCCGAGGUUAUCCCUGCAAAUGAAAUUGGGGUGACAUUUGAAGACAUUGGUUCUAUGAAUGAGAUCAAAGAGUCCUUACAGGAACUAGUUAUGCUUCCUCUUCGUCGACCAGACCUCUUUAAAGGAGGGCUUCUUAAACCGUGUCGGGGCAUUCUACUUUUCGGCCCUCCUGGAACGGGUAAAACAAUGCUAGCAAAGGCCAUUGCUAAUGAAGCUGGAGCAAGUUUCAUCAAUGUUUCAAUGUCCACAAUCACUUCUAAAUGGUUUGGGGAAGAUGAAAAGAACGUCCGAGCAUUGUUCACGCUCGCAGCAAAAGUCUCACCUACGAUUAUUUUUGUCGAUGAAGUUGAUAGCAUGCUCGGCCAACGGACUAGAGUGGGAGAGCACGAAGCCAUGCGGAAGAUUAAGAAUGAAUUCAUGUCACACUGGGAUGGACUUCUGACUAGAAAUGAUGAACGAAUACUAGUUCUUGCUGCAACAAACCGGCCAUUUGACCUCGAUGAAGCAAUCAUUAGGCGAUUUGAGCGCAGAAUUAUGGUUGGUCUUCCGUCUGUGGAGAGCAGGGAAAUGAUCAUGAGAACUCUUCUAUCAAAGGAGAAGGCUGAAGAUCUUGAUUUCAAGGAGCUUGCAACUAUGACAGAAGGAUACAGUGGAAGUGAUCUCAAGAAUUUGUGCGUGACCGCAGCUUAUCGGCCUGUUCGGGAGCUCUUGCAACAAGAGAGAUUGAAGGAUUUGGAAAAGAAGCAGAGAGAGAUGAAGGAGAAGGAGAAGGAGAAGGAGAAGGAGACGAAAAAUGAGAUCGAGAUCGAGAAGGAGAAGGAGAAGGAGAAGGAGACGAAAAAUGAGAUCGAGAUCGAGAAAGAUAAGGAGAAGGAGGAGACAAAAAAUGAGAUCGAAAUCGAGAUCGAGAAGGAGACCAAAAAUGAUUUGGAAAACACUACAGUUACGAAAGAGGCAGGAAAAGAGGAACAAGUCAUCAUUCUGAGGCCUUUAAAUAUGGAUGAUAUGAGGCAGGCCAAAAAUCAGGUUGCUGCAAGUUUUGCUUCUGAGGGAUCAGUUAUGAAUGAGUUGAAGCAAUGGAAUGAUUUGUAUGGAGAGGGAGGUUCAAGAAAAAAGCAACAGCUUACAUACUUCCUAUAGAAUGUAGAACCCAAGCUUCUUAUCUAAACACGUAAUAGUGAACCGAUAUGAACGAUCGUGGAGGACAAAGGUCAUAAAAUCUGGGGAACUCGAAGUCGAUCUUGCAACGAGGCAACCUAUGCAGGACAAGGUCAUCCCCAAUUACGCAGUAUCGUUCCAAUGGUUUAUGUCAUUUGUUUCAAAGUCAUAUGGUUAAGAAAUGGGGUAAUGAAUGAAUUGUUAGGCCAAUGUUCAAACCGUUUACGUCGUAUCGUUCGAUGUUUUCGAGUGUUUGGCGUUGCGAAUGUAUGAUGUAUUACGAAAAUGUGGAGCAGAUAGAUAUGUUUGGAAUCAUGAGGAACAUACCAUAGGAUUUAUACAUCAUUUAUGUGAUUUUUGUGCAUUCAAACUAUUAAGAUUGUAGAGUUUGUAUCAUAAAUUUUAAUUCAGCUGCCUUUUAGAGA